UUGUUCCACAUUGACAUUUGUGACAUUAUGGUGUGAAUAUUGAAGGUUGUGACUAAUAAAAAAACCAAAAUCUUUAAUUAUCCGGAAGAAAUUGCAACUGCUACUUAAUGAAUUUCCUUUGCCGUUAUAAUUAUUACUACUUUUGUAGCAUUUUAAGUAAAAUACACCCAACAGCAAUGAACUACUGUAUAUGAUAAGUAACGUUGAUUACUAAUCCUUAUAAGACGAAUAUUGUAGGGCGUUUACAAUUAUGUCUCAACGUAAUAAAUAUGAAAAUAAAAAUAGUGGAUUACUUACAAAAGAAGAAAAUGAACAAGUAUUUGGGCUACUUGGAAACCGCUGUCAGUCUUUGGCAACAACUGUUAUUCAACUUUUUCUUACUCAACCACCGCACCACAUGCAGUGGAUUAAAAGGGACACAGGAGUUUUAUGCUUCGUUAGGGACAAUGUGAGAAAAAACUUCUUUUUUAGAUUAUACUGCUUAAGGCGAAAUAAUAUGGUGUGGGAACAAGAAAUGUAUGAUAAUAUGGAAUAUAUAGCAGCAUGUCCAUUUUUUCAUACAUUUGAGGGUGAGGAAUGCAUUGUAGCAUUUAAUUUUGCUAAUACAUUAGAAGCUAAAGAAUUAAAAGGUAUUGUAGAAACAAGAAUUCAAACAAAAAGGAAAAAGCUAGAAGAGAAAAGAUUAAAGAAUUUCAUGCAGGACAAUAGUGAUCAACCAAGAUUGCCAACAAGCAAUGAUUUAUCAUUUUACAAAAAAACUGUUGAUCCUGCUGAAAGAAAAGCAAAACGAAGAAGAAAUAUUACCAAGGCUGAUAUUGGUAAUCCAUCUGAGUUUCGGCAUAUUUCACAUGUUGGGUGGGACCCAGAUAAAGGGUUUGACAUUACGGGUAAUGACCCACAUUUAACUGAAUUCUUUCGAAAGGCUGGUGUCUCAGAAGAACACCUCAAGGAUAAGAAUACACGUGAAUUUAUUUAUGAUUUUAUAAAUCAAAACAGAGCUGCAUAUCAAGAGGAAGUUAGUUCUGUUCCUCCUGUGCCUGCUCCAUCCACGGGACCGCCUGUUCCCCCACGAACUGCACCAAGAACUCCCCACAGUAGGGUUGCACCACCCCCACCUCCUCCUGCUCAGCAACAACUCAAACCUCCUAUGGUAGUAAGAAAUAAUAAUUCACAAGAUACUUCAUUGCCUUGUCCACCAAACAUAACAGCUCCAGCACCACCACCGCCCCCGCCCCCACCUCCUCCCAUGAACAUUGAAGUUAUUUCUCCACCACCUCCUCCUAUGCCUACCAAUAAUGCAGCACCCGCUCCUCCACCUACACCCGCACCCCCACCUGCACCCGUACUACCUCCUGUACCUGCUGCACCAGAUUCUCAUGCAGCCCUUUUGGCCAGCAUACGAGAAGGCACAACGUUAAAGUCUGUGGAGCUAAGGAAAGAAGUUGAAGAGGACAGCUCAGCUCGAGAUGCAAGAGGUGACUUGAUGCACGAAAUAAGAAAAGGCUUCCAGUUAAAACCAGCAUCUGAACGAGAGAUCAAGGCUGCACCUUCAGUAUCACAGGAGCAGCCUUCAGGUGAUUUGGCUAGUGCACUUGCAAGAGCAUUAGCUGCUCGUAGCAAAGUCAUUCACUCUGAGGAUGAGAGCACCUCUGAUACCGAUUCGAAUUAUGAUGAAUGGGAUGAUUAAAGAAAUAUAUUUAUUUUUAAUAAAAAACAGUGUUUUAUUAUU